AUGAUGCCGCAGGCAAGGGAGUGGACGGAGGUGGCAUGGGAUGGGACUUCCACCCGCCUCCCUCAAUUCCGCCUCCCUCAAUUCCGCCUCCCUCAAUUCCGCCUCCCUCAAUUCCGCCUCCUUCAAUUCCACCUCCCUCAAUUCCACCUCCCUCAAUUCCACCUCCCUCAAUUCCGCCUCCCUCAAUUCCGCCUCCCUCACUUCCGCCUCCCUCACUUCCGCCUCCCCACUCCCUUCACACCCCCCUGGCUCCAGCUGCAGCUGCGCUUAAAGCAGCAGCGGCAGGAGGGACAGCAGGAGGGGCAGCAGGAGGGGCAGCAGGAGGGGCAGCAGGAGGGGCAGCAGGAGGGGCAGCAGGAGGGGCAGGAAUAUGAACCAUACCCUCGAAUGUGCAUGCAUGAGUGGAAACCAUUGCGACCACAGUCGUUAAGGUCGCAUCACCACCAGCAUCAGCAACCAACACUGUCACUGCCUCCUCACACGCGCUCUUCCUCCUCUUCCUGCCAACGAUCGCUUCCCUCGUCCCCUUCCCCUCCCCUCUCCCAUUCCCCUUCCCUCUCCCCUUCCCCUCCCCUCUCCCAUUCCCCUUCCCUCUCCCCUUCCCCUCCCCUCUCCCCUUCCCCUUCCCUCUCCCCUUCCCCUUCCCUCUCCCCUUCCCCUUCCCUCUCCCCUUCCCCUUCCCUCUCCACUUCCCCUUCCCUCUCCCCUUCCCCUUCCCGCUCCACUUUCCCUUCCCCCUCCCCUUCCCCUUCCCCCUCCCCUUCCCCUCCCCUCUCCCCUUCCCCUUCCCUCUCCACUUCCCCUUCCCUCUCCCCUUCCUCUUCCCUUUCCCCUCCCCCUUCCUUCUCCACUUCCCCUUUCAUCUCCCAUUCCCCUUCCCUCUCCCCUUCCCCUUCCCCUUCCCUCUCCCCUUCCCCUUCCCUCUCCACUUCCCCUUCCCUCUCCCCUUCCCCUUCCCUCCCUUCCCUCUCCCCUUCCCCUUCCCUCUCCCCUUCCCUCUCCCCUUCCCCUUUCCUCUCCCCUUCCCCUUCCCUCUCCCUUUCCCCUUCCCUCUCCCAUUCCCCUUCCCCCUCCCGUUCCCGUUCCCCCUCCCGUUCCACUUCGCGCUUCCCUUCCCCUUCCCCCUCCCCUUCCCCUUCCCCUCCCUUCCCUUCCGGAACCUUCUUCCCCCAUUUUGUCUUCCUCCACGCGUGUCGCUCCCAGCGUCAGCGCCACUCCGCCAAACUCCACCCGGGUUCCCGCCAGUCCGUCGCGCCCCGCCCGCCAGUGCACGCGCCCGACCUCCCGCAACCGCUGCGACUGACGGCCGGCGGAGGGCACGGGCGACGAAUUCCAUGCUGCCACGUCAGUUUCGGAGUUCCCUAG